AUGGAUCCAUGCAGACCAUCAUCCAACCAAAGCACUUCAGAUGUCUGCGUUGUGUGUGGAGACAAGGCCAUUGGCAAGCACUACGGUGCUGUAGCAUGCAAUGGUUGCAAAGGCUUCUUCAGAAGAAGUGUCUUCCAAAAUCUACAGUACACCUGCCGUUUUGAUAAGAGCUGUCACAUCGAUAAAGACCAUAGAAACGCUUGUCGAUUUUGUCGCUUCCAAAAAUGCCUAACCGAUGGAAUGCGACCUGAGGGUAUGGGAGCAGCGCAAUGGGACCGAAUCGGGGCUGCUAAGUAUAGGAAGCGUCUCCCACUCCGGCCCUAUGCUGAGAAUGCAAAACCGCAGGAUAUAUCAACACCAGUAAGUUAUUCUUCAUCUCAAGUUGAUGGUUUCAAGGGAAAUCAGUUAGUAAAAAAUGACGAUGUUAUCGUGAAGGCUUCUGACACGAGUGCUUCCCGUCGUCUAUUGCAAAUGCUGGUCUUCAUCGAGCAAAGGGUAGCAAACAGCCAGACCAUCAACAAGCUUCUUCGUGACGACAACGAUAACAAGAACAAUCGUCAGCAAACGAUGAUCAACAUCACUGAAUGGGCUAGUAUGCUUCAUCCACUUCCUGAGAUUCCCUUCAGUGACAAGAUGCUUCUGCUGAGACAAUUCUUCCCGUCGUUCUCUCUGCUCAACACAGUGCAAAAAAGUGUGCACCUCCCGUAUCUUCUACUUCCUAAUGAUCAAAUUCUUGGCUUGACUUCAUCACCUACCUCCUCCCUUACUGCAAUUCACUCUCGCAUACAAGAAGAAUUGAUUGCUCCGCUGCGAAGAUUGGGAGCUGAUGAAACGGAAUUCGGUUUUCUGAAGGCUUUAGUGUUGCUGAACGGUGACGUAGCGGCAUUGUCGGAGCAGUCCAAGGAUAAGCUAAGAGGAGCGAGAGAUGCCCUGCUAAAAGCCCUUUUUGGUCUUUACAGCGAGACCUCUUCAGCUUUAGAUGCCUCCUUUAGGUGGGAAAAUGCUUAG